AUGAUGAAUGCUGUUGAGCUGAGGACCUCAGCAGUGAACGAAUUGAGGCAAGAAGAUGACGAUCAACCUCGUAUUGUCAUGAAGAACUCACAGUUCAAGCGGCACACUAACGCAGACCUGCUGUGCUGCAAUCGGGGAUUUGAGCGACGAGUGUUUUUUGAAGUGGACCAAUGCAAUUGCAAAUUUCACUAUUGUUGUCGAGUCGAAUGUGAACCGUGUGAACGUCGAAUUGAAAGGCAUUUCUGCCUUUGA